GGUCACGUGGCGCCCUCGCGCAGGCCGGAAGGAGGCCUGACAGGCCGGCCCCCCGCCGUUGGCGGCCGCGAGGAAGAGGAGGAGGCGGAGGCCGAGCGCGGCGAGGAGGCGGACGGGCAGGAAGCAGGAAGCGCCGCCGGGAGGGACGAGCGGGAGACGGAGCGAGGUGCUGUUGGCGGAGUGAGUGCCAUGCUCUGGAGCUCUUAGCUUUCUAACAUGGCCGACGGAGGUGGAAAUGAAGAAGUGAUUGACUUGAACAGUUUCCGGAGCCACCGAGGGAAAGAUAGAAUAAACCACAGAGACGAGGGGCUUAUCACCAUAUCCGACUCCUCGGAUGAAGAAUUGCCUGUGAUGCUGGACAUUCCUGUUCGCCGGCAGUGGGAGGAUGAGGAAGACGACGAUGUAGUCAUACUGAUGGAGACAGGAGCGAAGAAGCUUCUGCGCUCCAAUGUGAUCAGACCAGCGGCUCCCUGGCAGAGUGCGAGCAAGUCGGGGGAAGGAGGAUCCAAGGGUGACGUGUUGCCAGGGCCCCACGAUGGACAGAAGGCGAGGACCCCUCCUUCCCCGAGGCCGCCUGGCGCUUGGCGGAACUGCGCGAAGGCCGCUGGCGUGGCGCUGGGACGGCAGGAAAGUGAGAACGAGGUCUUGGAACUGCCAGAAACCCCGGAGCCCGUUGGGCCGAGGGGGGACGGCGAUGGGGCUGUUCCGGAGCCUGGUCCCAGCGUGGCUCGGACGAGAGAGGCGAGACCCGGUGGCGAGAAGGAGGUCAUCAACUUGGAGGAGGUCUUGCCUGCUGAUGAGGAAGGGCAGGAGCAGAGGGAGCGAGAGCUACAACCGAGGCUAGCGCCGCCGCUCGGAGGGACUGUCCGGUGCAUCCAGGAGAACAUGCGGCUAGACCACCCGUAUUUCCAGCCCGCUGAGAAGGACGCAGGCCCCGUGGUCAACCUCAUUUCUCCCCAGCAAGGGCAGAGGGACAUGGACCUGGGCCCGCUGCCCAGGGCGUACCAGGAGGAGAUCCCUGGGCCUGCCUUUCCCAGGCCGGAGCCGCCGCAGGAUGGGAUCCCCGGCCCCGCCUCCCCCCAGCUGGCUCACCCACCGGAAGAAGAGGGAGGUGGGCAGCAGGCAACGGUCAAUGAGCAGGCGGGCCCCUCUUCGCCAGCCCGAGGGCCCCCCGACCCUGGUUCCAGCGACGUUCCCAAGCAAGGCACUGCUCCUCAGCUCGACAAAGACCUCUUUGCUCUUCUCAUCAGGGAAACGGAAGCAAGGUUCCCAGAUGCAACCAGAGAGUACAUUGAGGAUCUAAUACGGAAUAAAAACUGCUGUGACUUAAACAUACUUUGUAAUUUUCUUCUGGAAAAUCCAGAUUAUCCAAAGAAGGAAGGCAGAGUGGUUUUAAAUCCAAAUAGCAACCUCCUCUCCAGCCCAGAUGAGACAAAGGUGCCUAAAGUGGACUACUUUGACUUCUCCAAACUUGAACCACUUGAUCAGCGCUGCUUUAUCCAAGCGGCUGAUCUCCUCAUGGCCGACUUCAAAAUGUUGAGUAGCCAGGACAUCAAGUGGGCGCUGCAUGAGCUCAAGGGACACUAUGCAAUCACACGAAAGGCCUUUUCGGAUGCCAUCAAAAAAUGGCAAGAACUGUCUCCUGAAACCAGCGGGAAGCGGAAAAGGAGGAAAGAAAUGAACCAGUAUUCCUACAUAGACUUCAAAUUUGAGCAAGGCGACAUGAAAAUAGAGAAGCGCAUGUUCUUCUUGGAGAACAAGAGGAGGCACUACAGGAGCUACGACCCCUGCGCUCUCCUGCCAGCCGUGCAGCUGGAGCAGGAGUUCUACGAGCAGAAGAUCAAGGAAAUGGCAGAGCAUGCAGAUUUUCUGCUCGCCCUGCAGGUAAACGAGGAGCAGUAUCAAAAAAAUGGCCAGAUGAUCGUGUGUUGCUGUUGCUACGGGGACUUUGCGUUUGAGGAGCUGACUCAGUGCGCAGAUGGACAUUUGUUUUGCAAGGAGUGCCUAAUCAAGUAUGCUCAGGAAGCAGUCUUUGGCUCUGGCAAGUCGGAGCUCAGCUGCAUGGAAGGGAGUUGUACGUGCUCAUUUCCAACCAGUGAACUGGAGAAAGUCCUUCCUGAAAACAUCCUGUGUAAAUACUACGAGCGGAAAGCAGAGGAGGAGGUGGCUGCUGCCUGUGCGGAUGAGUUAGUCAGGUGUCCCUUCUGCAGCUUCCCAGCUCUGCUGGACAAGGACGUGAAGCGGUUCAGCUGCCCCAACCCUCGAUGCCGGAAGGAAACCUGCAGGAAAUGCCAGGGCCUCUGGAAGGAGCAUAUGAACCUCACCUGUGAGCAGCUGGCCGAGAAGGAUGACAUAAAAUACCGAACAUCUAUAGAAGAGAAGAUGACAGCGGCCCGCAUCCGAAAGUGCCACAAGUGCGCCACCGGCCUGAUCAAAUCCGAAGGCUGCAACCGCAUGUCAUGCCGCUGUGGCGCCCAGAUGUGCUACCUCUGCCGAGCCGCCAUUAAUGGGUACGACCACUUCUGCCAACACCCCCGAUCCCCAGGGGCCCCUUGUCAAGACUGUGCCAAGUGUUCCCUCUGGACAGACCCCACGGAGGAUGACGAGAAGAUAAUCCAGGAGAUUCAGAAGGAAGCUGAAGAGGAGCAAAAGAGGAAAAACGGAGAAAACAGUUUCAAGCGGAUUGGGCCCCCGGCAGAGAAGCCUGCGGAGAAAAUCCCGCGAAUCGAAGCCAUCCCCAGGCCGGUCCCGCAGAACCUCCACCACCAAAUGCCCCCUUACCCGUUUGUGCACCCCGCCUACCCGCUGAACAUGCCCCCCGUCCGCCCGCUCUACAACAACAUUGGCCACAUCAACAUGGGGCCCAUCCCUGCCCCUUACGUGCCCCCCUGCCCAACAUGCGGGUGAACUACGACUUCCCCCAGGUGAACCUGCCGCUGGAGCACAACCUCCCGAUGCACUUUGGCCCACAGCCGCGGCACCGGUUCUGACCCGGCUCGGGGCGGCGCCAGGACUUUGGGAAGUCUCUGCAGGGAAAGUCCACACACUGGCUGACGCAGCCCACCCCUUCCUCCCUUCUCCACUUUCCCAGUAAACUGCAAGCGCUGAACACGCUCCUGGGCGCCCCUCCGGUCUUCUCGUCCCCCAAGGCAAGAUCAGCACCUUUGCUGCCCAGUCUCUGCUGCGGGAAGCGGAAGGGACGGGAGGCUCGCCCUGGCACCCUUUUGCUUCCGCUGCUCGUCUAGGAAGGAAGUUCUCCGCUCAGUGAGUGCAGGGGGCCUGUUUGGCAAGAGGCAGCGACGACUCGGACCCACGUGCCAAAAACACAGUUUCUCUUGCCUGCCCAAACGGCGCUGAGAGUGGGAAAGAAUCAGGUAGGAGGUUCAGCUCCGGCCAGCUACAGAUUUUGAGCGGUGUGGUUGACGGGCAAAUUAAACCAUUGAUGGGAAACCCCCGAGGCAAGCAGAAGUUGGCAGAGGCCGUUGCAAACACCAGAUUGGCAGCUUCUGUGGCCCUCAGGUCAGGAAGAAACCCCAGCAGAGCUCUUCCCACCACAACCAUCUUGUGCCUUUGGCACAGGAGUCAGGCGGCGGGUUGCAGCCAACUAAGUCCUACUCAAGAGUAGACCCGUUGAAACCAGUGAACCUAAGUUGGCCGUGUCCAUGAAGUUCAGUGGCUCCACUCUGAGCAGGACUCGCAUUGGCUGCAACCCAGCCUUCCCAGACUCAGUGUGUUGGUGGGUCGGGCUUUUCAAAGAGAUAUCAGAGGCCUCUGAUUCUUCCGAGGUGCCAAACUGAAGACUUGCUGUCACUCAGCACAGCUCAAUGUAACGUGAGACCACAUCUGUUUAAAAUAAAUGCAGCUUCCGUGGCUGGAACAGUUCUCAAGUGUGUGAGCCAAACCUCUGGUGCUGGGCCUAGGGCUUAGCAGUGCUAUGGCUUUGGGGUGCGUUGCCCCUGUGACUGCUUCCUGCUGGGCUUUGCAUUGCACAUGGAAAGCCUUGUGGGUUGAAUCCUGGUACAGCUGCAGGGAGGGCGGUGUGGGUGGUGACGUGUCUGGAAUCCUUGGAAGGAACCGGGUGAGCGUCGGCUGGCUUCACAGGCGAGCCUCUGCCUCCUCUGGUGUUGUGGUCGGUGUGCUUUGCUGUUCGGGGUCUUCAGCAUGUUGGGAGUACCUCUCGUUGACUUGUCUAGUUGUGGUCUGAAGCACUCUUGGGCAUCUUGCAGGCUUGGAGGUCAAGGAAUUCCCCCCUGCACACUUGAAAGGCAUUUCCAGCUCCCAGAAGAUCACAAAAUUGCUCCUGCAUACAUGGAGCUGCACAAGGCCAGUGGAGCCCUCGUUAAUUGGGGCAGGGCAGUCAUGACCCAAGCGCUCCUGGGCGCUCUGCAUAUGUGCAAAGGCUUCCUUGGACUCUUGAGCCGCUGACCCACCGCACUCUGCUGUGGAAACCUUCAGCCUAAAGCUUUCCACUAAAGCUUUCCAGGCAGGGCUGGAAGAGGGUUUGUUGGUCUCCAGCUCCCAUGCCCAGAGGGAUGAUGGGAGUUGUAGUCCAGCAGCCUCCGGAGGACCACAAUGGAUUCCCCACCCUUGGCUUAAGGGCUGUUUUGUACCAACGCCGGCAAAUGCACAGCCGGUUGCAGCCUGUCCUUCAAAGGCUCCCAUGUGCCUGAGCACUUCUGUGGAGUGAACUGACCUUCUGCAUGACUUGCGGAACUCCAGAGCUCUGCAGUCCUGCCUCUGCUUCAAGGAGGGGUCUCCGUUGCCAGAUAUGGACCACGUCUCGCACAACGACAUGUCAGGUCCAUCCACACUCUAAGGCUUCUGUGCGGCAAGCGCAGCAGGAAUGAGCACUGGAUCACAUCCUGUCCGCCUGACUUAACGCCAGCCGUUUGAAACAGUUUUUCCCCUCAAAACUAUGAACAUGGAUGCUCUCAUUUGCUAGGAUUAUGAGCAACUUACAGAAAAUAACUCCAAUGGAGAAGAAUUUCCAACCACCCUUUUGCUUAAUAAUAAAUACAUUUCACACUUACUCUUUGAAAUUCUGGGUCUGUUUUCCUUUUAAAAGUAUUAUGAUAAAGCAUCUUUGGGGUGGAGUGGGGGCGUGGAACCAGUUCUGAGUUGGGCUCUUCUCUCCCCCGACCUUCCCUUUUGACCUUCGUAGUCCUGGGACUAUGGGGCACAGACAAAGCCAAAUAUGGCAGCUCCCCCCUUUCCCCUCUCUUCCUAUGUUGGCCCCCCUCCCCCUUGAAUGGAAGGGUGCUCAUGGAUUUGGGAGCUCCCUGCGUGAGCUCCACCAGGGCACUGAACACGGGCAAACCUUAAACCCUGAGAGGCAACCCAAAACAAUUCUCCCAAUAGCUUUGGGGGUGCUGUUGCCUCCUGCCCUCCCCUCUUCCCUUGCAAUACGUACCCAAGCAGCACCACCUAUUUAUUUGGAAACUGAUCUGUUUCAGUCCCUCCCACUCAUUUUAUUUGGUGCUCUCCUGGACUGCAACUCCAGCCUCACCUGAUCAUUGGCCAGGCUGGCUUGGGCCUAAGUCUAUAACAUCUGGAGGGCACCAAGUUGGGAAUAGCUGAGGGAGUGUGUAACAAAAGUGAAACAAUGACUCCUUUGCUGCAGAGAGAGAACAACUGCCUGUAGGACAGGUGUGCAGGGAGGGUGUGUGUGUGUGCUGCGGAUGAAUCUGGCAAUACCUGCAUUCCAAGUUCGUUCUGUGUAACCUAUUGGCUUAAUAGUUCCAUUGCGUUGACUAUUCCAUGUUUGCCGUAGUUUAAAAUCAUGCUGUUUGUCGACACUGCUGCUCCUGUUCAGUGAUUCUUAAAAGGGGUCAGGAUACAGCUGGCCAAGUGCUCUUUGGUUGAUUUCUCUUCAGGUUUUGACAUUAGCACCUUAACUUUAAAACAAAAGAUUAUUUGAUGUAGCAAUUGCCGGACAUGCAGGUGGUGCUGUGUUUGGAGAAAAGCGACAUCAGCAGGGCUAGCUGUCAGGAGACAAAGGAUGAGAGGACCGCUGGCGAUGUUUUUGGAAAGCGUUGGGUGUGUGUGAGUGCAUGCAGCAACCAGCUAUGCAUGAAAGAAACCCCUCUUGUAUCACAGCUGUAGACAGAGAGGUGACCUGUGGGUGCCAUCCUGCGGUUUAAUUGAUAAGAGAAGCUGCUUCUGAAAGUGCUUGGUGUUGGUGCAUCGCUCCCAGUUUGUCCACUGGCACUGCCUUUCCAGGAUUGCUUCUGCAGUGUGCAUGAGGUUCCCAUGGACUAAAGCCCAGUGGCAUUGAAUCUUCCCCCAGUCACUUUGGCUCCCCUUCCGUGGGUCUCGCUGGGAGGAGAAGCUCCUGCGCGCUCGGAGCUCUGGGCCAGGUCCACAUUCUGUGCAGCAGGCACAAUUUCCCCGGGGGGGGGCAGCGUCCCCCAGGUUGCAGAUGAAGCACGGGUGGCCUUCCUGCCUACCGGCCCAUUCAUGUGCACAUGGACAGUUGUGCCAGGAUAUCCGGACGCUUUGUCCAUGUGUGUCUAAAGAUGCGGGUGAGGACCUUGCAUCCCUUUUUGUCUUGGGGAAUUCUGAUGCGCUCACAGUGGUUGUGUUGGCUGUGCAGAGUGUGGGGCUCCCCAGAGUGGCCAGUGCUCAGAGGCAAAGCUCAACUUCUGGCAAGGAGCUUGACGUUUUUGCCAACCUAGACUUCAGAAUCGCCCUGGCAUGUGCAAGGUGCCUUUACCAAGAUGGUUAGAGCCUUCCUAACGCUGACCGAUCAGAUCCUUGCACGCCAAAAGCAGGUCCUAACAAUGGUGUUUCCCUAUUGUUAAGCUACUGUGCUCUCUUCCCCUUUGCUCACAUGAAGUUUACCAUUUGUUAUCUCUAAACCGUAGCAUUUUGGAAGGUCCUUGUGGAUGUUUGUACUUGAGUGAAGGUAGUUGGGAGCAGGCAGAGGUCCAGUUGAAGCUGGCUGCUGUUGCCUUAGUGCGACUGGAGACCUUUCAUUGCAGUUUGCUGGACCCGUGAGGCCCUUGGCCCUUCACCAUCUCCCCAUUUUCUGUGCUGACUCUUGUUCAUAGCCUCCAUUCAUUUCAGGCUGCUUCCUGUAGAGAUGGAGACUUGGGUGGCGGCAGCUCCUGUUAGCCAGAGAUUGGAAGCUCAGCUGUUGCUGUUCUUCAUAUCCAGUGGAUUUCAAAAGCCAUUUAGCAUGGAUGGGAUGGCCUAUUCCUCCACCCCCACGCCAUCCCCACUUGGUGCCCCUUUCAAUGAGGUUUUUUAUUUGGCCAGGGGUCCUCCUCUUUGCAUAGACAAUAUACUGAAGAAAGAUACCCGCCCAAGCUGAAUGGCUCCUUAGCCUCUGCCUCCCAUCAUUCUGGUGCUCUGAGUAAAAUAAUUCUUUAAGCGGGGAUAAUCCACUUCUUGUGAAAUCGAGGCAUUUUGACUGAAAGGACGGUGCCUUUUUUACCGCAUCUGAAACUGAAACACUCUUUCCUCAUUCUUUGCCUGCCGACGAGCAAUGGAGAAAACCUCUUGGGGUCCAUACUGACUUAAAACAUGAUUUUACACAUCAUUUUGAUGUGUAAGCCUGAAGCAAAGACCUCCUUAGCCUAUGAUCGUGAACAGAGAUGCCAAGGUCCAGCUCCUGGCACUUCUUGAGCAGCCUUGUUCAAUUGCCUCAACCCCCCCCCCCCCAGUGGAAGCGUCCCCUUGAGCAUUUCGCCUUUCUCCUUGCAACUUCUUGUUUGGGGUUGCGCGACUGCGUCCUAAACAAUGAGCCCCCCCAUCCCUUGAAGGGGGUUUUGGUCCUCGGUUCCUUCCCGUGUUAACACCACGUUGGGGAGAAAGGGCAGCCAUCUGCAGGGAAGAGGCCCCUAGGUGGCCAGGAUUUCCUUUCUUGCAGGUAUUCCAGGAUGAAUCCUAACUUCAGAUAUAUGUUGGUUGCCUUUUCCAAGUUUCGCAUGGGGAGAGCAUCGCCUCUUUGCGAGGGGUUUUCUGAACUUCGGCCAGGGAAACUUUACCAAACCUGUGUGUCUGACAUGGGAGAGCGUUGCCCCUGUGCUGUGACGUAGCGUAAAGGCCGGCUUCUCACUGCAGUGCUGUGCUUCUGUUCAGGCCGCACCACCUGGCUAUGCAGGUGAGGCCUCUCAUGACAGAACGCUUCUCUGCUCAAUUUUUUUCAAAAAAAUCCUUGCACGCAUAAAGCUAGCAAGCACAAGGAUUCUGGUGUGGCCACUUCCCCCUGCCGUGAUAUUUUCCUUCAUAGGGGGAUUUUUAAAAAAUAGCCUGAAGAGGUCCAGCCCGGAAACAACCGCUGCACUGCGAACUAGGACGGUUUAGCAUGGGUAACAUUGAAGUCCCUUGAGCUUGAGCCAGGCUUCCUGGACAGGGUGCCCUCCUGUUGUUCUGCACUACAACUCCCAUCAGCCCCAGCUAGUACAGCUGUGAUGAGUAUACAAUAUGGCCCUCCUGGCUGCGCAUUGUGGUGCAAAACAUCUGGCUAGGCAGCAGUUAGCAAAGGCUGCUGUCAACAUGCCCCUGUGGGCUCCAGGUUCUCACGACCUCCUCUCUUCUUUUGUAUUUGCAUUUUCCUUUGUGGCUUUUUUUUUUUAAUUAAAAAAAAGUUCAUCUCUCUUUACGGGUAGACACAGGGAAGUGUGUAUUUUGUACACCCCAAGCUUGACAUUUUAACAGGUACUUUCUAUUAUCAAAUUUGCAGUGUCACAUUUAACUUGCCUUAAAAGGUGGAGAGAGAAAUCUAGUAUUUGCACUUCGCAAAAAAAGAAAAGAAAUGGAGAAAAAAGAGCAAACCCUAUUGAGGGAAAAUUGUGCAUGUCCUGCAACUUUGUAUAACAAUAGCUUAAAAACGAAUAAGUGGUUUAUUAAUAAAGAAAGGAAAAAAGAAUAUUUUUUCUUUACCUUCUGGUAGGAAACCGUUCUAAUAUUCUGUGUGUAAAAAGUCUCUGUAUUAUAUUGUAAUUUGAAUUUUUUGUAAUUAAAACAACAACCUUGUGCACUCUCA